AUGGUUCUUGUUUCUCGUCUAUUCCAAGGCCUUGGCCUGGCAGCCUUCGCUGCUACAAUUUGUCAAGGUGCUGCUCUUGACAGUCGAUCGCUAGUUGAAAGAGCCUCCACCAGCGAUCGUCUGGUAUUCGCUCAUUUCAUGAUUGGCAUUGUUGGCAACAGACAAAACUCUGCUGAUUACGACGAUGAUAUGAAGCGUGCAAAGUCCGCUGGCAUUGACGCCUUUGCCCUCAACAUCGGCACCGACGAUUACACGGAUGCACAGCUCGAUUACGCGUAUGAAUCUGCCGACCGUAAUGGCAUGAAGGUUUUCAUCUCAUUCGACUUUCACUUCUGGUCAGUUGGCGAUGCAGCCGCUGUUGGCCAGAAGGUCAAGAAGUAUGCCGACCACCCAGGUCAGCUACGCAUUGACAACAGAGUUUUUGUUUCCAGUUUUGCAGGAGAUAACCUCGAUGCCAACGCUGUGAGAAGUGCUUCUGGCUCUAAUAUCUUCUUCGUCCCUAACUUUACUCCUUGGGGAGGCUCUACGAAUGGUAUUGAUGGUGCUCUGAACUGGAUGGGUUGGCCAAAUGAUGGUAACAACAAGGCGCCUAAGGAUGGUAAGAGUGUCAGUGUCGCCGAUGGUGAUAAGAGUUACACGAACUGGCUUGGGAACAAAAAGUACAUGGCUCCUAUCUCGCCCUGGUUCUUUACUCACUAUGGUCCUGAGGUCGACUGGUCCAAGAACUGGGUCUUCCCCAGCGGCUCACUCAUCUUCGACCGCUGGAACGAGGUUCUUCAAAAUGGAUUCCCUAUGGUUGAAAUCCUCACCUGGAACGACUAUGGCGAGUCUCACUAUAUCGGACCCCUCAAAAACAAACACACCGACGAUGGAGCAUCCAAAUGGUCCAACGAUAUGCCUCACAACGGUUGGCUUGAUCUCUUUAAACCCUUUAUCGCCGCAUACAAGAACAAAGACACCAACGUGGCCAAGUAUAUCGAAAAGGAUCAGAUUAUCUACUGGUAUCGCCGUAAUUUGAAGGCCCUCAACUGCGAUGCUACCGAUACAACUUCUGGUAGAGCGCCACCUAAGCCAAAUGAGAACUAUUUCCAGGGUCGCCCGGAUGGAUGGCAAACAAUGGAAGACGCUGUCUACGUCGUGAGUCUGCUCCAGUCUGCUGGAACGGUCAUCAUCAAAUCAGGCAGCAACACUGUUACGAAAGAGGUUCCUGCUGGAGCUACUCUUAUCAAGGUCGAUGCUGGCCUUGGCAAGCAGACAUUCACUCUCAAACGUGGCAGCAAUAACGUCUUAUCCGAUACCUCACUCAUGGAAAUCACGUCUGUCUGCCCCUGCGGCUUGUACAACUUUAAUGCCUAUGUUGGUACCGUUGCCGCCAGCUUCUCUGACCCUCUUGAUAGCAGUGGUCUCGCGUCGUUGACUGUCGGUCUGCAUGUCACGACGUGCCAGCCUAAGCCUUCUCUCGGAACCAACCCAGCUUCCCCGACACAAGGAAAUGGUCCCCCCAUGACGACUGGCACAGGGAGUGGAAAGACUUGA